GUGUUACUGUGGCGCUCAUGAAACAUUUGUUAUUGACCCGGAAGAUACUUUGUUGUAGGCUAUUUCACUCCAUUCAACUCAAUUCACGAGAAGCGGUUCGGACAAUUAAAGAGUCGUAUUUUAAGGAGUUUCUGGACAUUAGCAUAGACAUGUUUUACCAUAUAUCUUUGGAACAUGAAAUCCUACUACACCCGAGGUAUUUUGGACCCAACCUGCUGAACACAGUGAAGCAGAAGCUUUUCACUGAAGUAGAGGGAACCUGCACUGGCAAGUAUGGCUUUGUCAUCGCAGUCACCACUAUAGACAACAUCGGCGCAGGUGUCAUCCAGCCAGGCAGAGGUUUUGUCCUUUAUCCUGUAAAGUACAAGGCCAUCGUCUUCCGUCCGUUUAAGGGAGAAGUGGUAGAUGCUGUGGUCACUCAGGUCAACAAGGUUGGACUGUUCACAGAAAUUGGCCCCAUGUCUUGCUUCAUCUCUCGCCAUUCCAUCCCUUCGGAAAUGGAGUUUGACCCCAAUUCUAAUCCACCUUGUUAUAAGACCGUUGAUGAGGACAUCGUAAUCCAGCAAGAUGAUGAGAUCCGUCUGAAGAUUGUGGGUACAAGGGUUGACAAGAAUGACAUUUUUGCAAUUGGAUCUCUCAUGGAUGACUAUCUGGGUCUUGUGAGCUGAUUUCAGUUUCAGUGUGCCACAUCAUAUGGAGAUUUUUUUUGCAUCAAUCUUAUGUCUUUGUAUAAAUAACUUUCUCAUUUUUACACUUCCUGUAUGGCAUGAUGACAGCUGUUGAAGCGCCAUAAUCAGUUUUCUUUGUUGUGCUUAAUAUUCUACAUUUGCUGUUAUUAUUAAACCUUAUGUAAGAACCCAAACAAUUACUGAUGUCACAAUAAAAAUGUUUUGUUAACUGUUGUUACAGUAUGAUAGUAGCCCACAGAAAAUGAUUAAUGUUGUUCAUGUAGAAGGCAUAUUUUUAAUUUUGUCUUAUUUUAUGUUUUUGUGUGCGGACUGUAAUAAAAGUAUUUUUUUCUUA